AAUAUGUCAAUUAUAUUAAUUUGUUUCCUUCAUGAAUGAUGAUCAGGUGCUGUGGCCUGAAUGUGGUUGGCAGCCGGUUGGUUUAACUGAUUUGAUUACAGCCGCUGCUGUUAAAAAAGCUUAUAGGAAAGCUACUUUGUGCAUUCAUCCUGAUAAAGUGCAGCAUAAAGGUGCCACUCUUCAGCAGAAAUAUAUUGCGGAGAAGGUGUUUGACCUACUCAAGGAAGCGUGGAACAAAUUCAAUUCUGAGGAGCUCUUCUAAUUGUCGAUGAAUUUAUAUACUUCAAGGUAAUUAAUUCGUUGGAAGUUCUGUUCAGAGGAGACCACAACCCUAUUUCUGCUGCCUCCCAAAAUUGCAUAAUUGUUUUGAUUGAAGUUAUGAUGCGUUGUUGGCAACAUAUUGCUUCUCUGCCUGGUUUUCUUGGUUGUCAUUGAUGUUCUUCCCGGGGGCUGUUGUGUUUCUAUACAUGUUUUAUGAAUGUAGCAUGUUUUGUUGAUGUAAAAUAUCUUUUUGUGCUAUCAAUUUUAUUAUUCAUUA